AUGCUUACCUUCAACGCCUCGUCACCUGGCGUCGCCGCCACUGCCUACGCCACUGCCUAUGCCAACAGCUGGACCGACCCGGCCAACGACUUUCUUAGCGAGUCGGACCUCGCGCUGCUCGCGCACGUCAAUUGCGCAUACCUCUCCACGCCUCAGCGCCCUCCGACACUGCUCGCCCUUAAGCAGCACGCGCAGUCUCUCGCAAUCCUCAUACAGCGCAUCAGCGUCUCCCACACGCGCGCCCUCGUCAACGAGCAUGGCGUCCGCGACCCAGACGAGCACUUUGCGGCCGAUGAUGCCUUUGACUGGCUCAACGACCUGCGCACGCCGUACACCAACGACGACGAGAGCCACCAUCUCCCGAUCAAGGGCCUCAUGAACACGAUCGCGCAGGAGAGUGAACGCGAGGGCCCGAGGACGCACUGUCCACUGCAGAGGAUUGGCGCGCAGAACAGCGGCGAUGACGACAGGCCGUUUGCCACGCACCAGAAUCUCGUUUUGCACGCUAAUGCAUGUUUAGAGAUUCUCGACCACGAGUACAGCGCCACGGGGGGGCUCAUGUCGAUCCUGCCGAGCGCGUACGAUGGCGACGCAGCGCAGCUCGACGCCGCACGCAACACGCUGCUGGGCCAGUGGCUGCUGCACCACCAGGAUCUCAUCGCGCGGCUGCACGAGCUCGAGAUCAACUACACCAACGCGCUCGCCGCCGUCGAGGGCCGCGCCGUCGCGCCGCUCCACAGCGACACCGCCGACGGCAGCAGCAGCAAUGAGGCAGCGGCCGCCGGCAGCGGAGGCGGCAGCGGAGGCGGCAGCGCACCGGCGCCGCAGAACGAGCUCGUCAUCGUCGGGCACAGGACGCACGCGUACGAGCGCAUCCACUCGCUGCUGGACCGCGCCGAGGCGCACGUCGAGAGCAAGCAGAAGCUCUGGUGGGAGCGCGGCGUCAGCGGCGAGCGCACGUGGAUGCAGUCGCGUGGCGGGGACUGGUACGCGCGGGGGCUGAUCCCGCUGGACCUGGAGACGCGCUUCUUCCGCAUCAAGGGCCAGGGCCGCGCGGGCACGCUGUUUAUGAUGCCGGCGGUCAAGCAGAACGCGGCGCUGGAGCACCUCGUGGAGAUGGAGGCGCGGCCGACGGUGGUGUCGGUGGUGACGCCAAAGUGGGCGGAGCGCGCGACGGCGCUAGAGAGCAAGAUCAGGGCGAGGAAGGUUAGAAUGGAUGAGGAUGGGGAAGAGGAGGAAGAAGAAGAGGGAGGGGAUGCGGCGAGGGUGCAGCUGCUGGAGGAUAUGCUGGCGGUUAGAGAUGCGGAUCUGAAGCAGGCGAAUACGGCCGUCAUGUUUUACGAGUAG